UAUUUUGUACUAUUAUCACCUUUCAGUUACUGUCAUCUAGCCUGGAGGCCACGCAGAAAGGUCUUCAGAAUAUAUAGAUAUAGAUAUAGAUAUAGAUAUAGAUAUUAUACAAAUAUAUAGAAAUCCUGGUGUAUCAUAAACAUAUAAAUGAUUCUUUAUUUGCUGCAAAACUGGCUGCAGACUACAACUGUUUCUCUGCCUCUCCCUUUAGCUGAAAGGCGUUGGCUCCUGAAGGUUGGAUGGAGGGGCUGAUCCUUCCACAUGUCACGAUCAAGACAAGUGGUGACAGUCCUGAAAGAGCAACCGUUGUACUCCACCUCUCCCACUCCCUAAACCUUUCCCAUAUUUUUACUUCAGCUUGCAGUGCGAGAUAAACGGUGGAAGACUCUUAUCACCUGGACAUGCCCUAAAUCACAACAAUGUCCUUUUGUACCACAUGGGAUUUCUGGCACUGAACCACCACAGGUGCCUUCAGCACUGAGAAAUCCUCAUGAGCAUAUCAGGCUUUCUGAAGACCUGCUCCUCCCAGCCACCUGGAAACAGAAAGCCAAGCAUCUAGUGUUGUCAUGGCAGUGAAGUUCCAGAGCUCUUGUCAGAAGCAAUCUCCAAGAAGGAAGGGGGUUGUCCUUCUUCUGCUCCAAGCAUCAGAGGAUGGAGGAGCCAAAGGGAUUCACAGGUGCCCCCUUUUGGAGUCAAACGGCAAGGUAAGGGCUGCUCCCACAGAAAUCGGGUUGGUUUCUUUUUUAAAAAUAAAAAAAAGAUUACACCUUCUCGAAGACAGGGCAUAACUUGUGCUAGGGCUUAUCAACAAUCAGUCUUGAAAGACGGAAAAUAUAAGAGUCUCUGAGCAUGUGGUGAGUGGCUUUCCCACUUGAGAAACCACAGCCAUCCUUCCCUUAGGAAAAACACCAGAAGCCUUUCUUUUGGGAAUUACAGACCUGGAUAUUCCCAAAAAAGCAAAAGAAAUUUUUUUAUAUGCCAUGGUGGCUGCAAGAGUUCUUAUAACAGCAAAUUGGAAGAGUGAUAAAAUACCCUCAAAGAAAGAAUGGAUUUCAAAAUUAGUGGAAUAUGCAGAAUUAGAUAGCCUGUCUGAAAAAAUAAAGAACAAAUCAAAACAAGCAUUUAUUUCAAAAUGGGAAGCCUUUAAAAUAUACUUGAAAAAUAAUUCUGUCGCAGCAUUUGAAUAACUUUAGUAGCAGUUUUAAGUUUGCAGUGAGAGAUAACAUAGUUCAAUCAUAUUUACAUUUUGAUCAAAUGUAUGGUGUAAUGGUAAGGAGUGGACGGGAAGUCGGGUGUAUAGUAAUAAGACCAUUUUCAGUUUGUCAUUUUGUGUUUAACAUCGUGCUUAGGAUUUUUUCUUUUUGAUGUAGAUGUUGAGUAUGUUGUUGUUUUUAUUGUCUUUUUCUUUUAUGUUCUUGGGAUGAUGUAUGUGGAUAUCUGGUUGAAUUUUAAAAAAAUAUGAGAGAGAGAGAGAAACCACAGCCAUCCUUCCAGAUUUCUGGGAUUUUGAGCAGAGGGCGCUCUUUUCUGGCAGCUUUGAGUAAUGCAGGCAUUUUGUGUUUUAAAAACCAAGCUACAGUUCAUAUACCACUUGUGUUCGUGGUACAAUGCUUACAAAUAAUUCACCAUGGAUUUUAAAUUUGCAAGAAAUGUAAGGUGUCACAUACAAAUAUUCACACAAGUAUGGAUCAUAUACAGUUUCUGUCUUGUAGAUCUGUAUUUAUCUUGGUUCAAAGUCCAUGUAGACAUGCCCUAAGUCACAAUCCCACACAAGCAAACAAACAUACCCCUGAACCUGCUCAGAACUGCAUUCUGCGCAUCACAUCAACCUAGAACACAGAUCUGUUGGCUCCUUAAUAGAAGACAACUUCAACCGCACAAAUGUACUCAUAAUAAGACAUAAUAGGGUUGUAGUUUCCUUCCAUAGCGGGAGUGUGCAACCUGUGGCCUUGCAGAUGUUUGACUCCAUCAUCCCAGAACAUUGGCCACACUGGCUGGUGCCAAUAAAAUAAUAAUAAUUAUACUACUCAUAAUAAUUUUAUUAUUUAUUCCCCACCCAUCUGGCUGGGUUACCCCAGAAACUUUGAGUGGCUUCCAGCACAUAUAAACGCAUCAUAAAACAUAAAACAUUUUAAAAAGGAGUCCAACAACAUCUGCAGGGUCACAAGUUGGGCACCACUAAUUCACACCUUAGAGGGCUUCCCAUUUGCCUCAGCUGUUAGACACUUCAAAUUCAAUUCAAAUGUUACUUCUAUUACAAAUGCUUUAUCUCUGUAAGCACGCCAGCUUGCCAGAUGAAACAAAACCCCCUUUCAUGUGCUGUUCUGGGGAUCCUCCCAACAGCCCCUUGAACCAAUUUCAGGGGGCAGGGGGGCAUAUAGGGGGAAGGAUUUUAAUGUAGAUUACCCUGUGCCAGAAUUCUGCAAGUCAGAUCGAGCUCUGAAACAACCUCAUACAGGGCUGGUCCUACUAUUAGGCAGACAGGCAAGUAGCUCAGGCAGCAGAUGCUGGUAGGUAAGGAGUUGUGCGAAGGUGUUGAAGGAUCAAGUGGCAUGUACCCCCUGCUGCCCUCAGGUAUGAUGGGGUGCUGCUGCUCAUCAUUACCAGGCAGCACUGAAGUAAGAGUCAAGUGCCCACCUGCUUAGCUUCUGUAUAUGGAAGUGGGGGGAGGGAGGGAGGGAGGGAGGCACCAUCUUGUCCUCCAGGCUCCAAGUCAGACAGCAAAACACCUGGACUGGUUCUAAGCUUAUAGACAGAUUAACUGGAGACCAGGGCUUUUUCUCAGCUGGAAUUUGCCAGAACUCAAGUUCCAGCACCUCUCAGGUGGGUGCCAUUGCCCUUCUAAGAGAACAAGGGGAGUUCUGGCACCUCUUUUUCUCGAAUAAUAGCACUGCUGGAGACACUGAGAUGCAGGAUCUGGAUUUUGAAGCAGCACUCUGCAUCAUUCCAAAGACAGGUUGGCUGCCUAUAUAUACCCUGAAGCUAUUAUUGUGGUUAUAUAGCUAGAGUGUCAAAAAUUGUUUUGAAAGCAACUGUGUUACAUGACUUUGAUUCAAAUGGCCCCAGCAGGAUCCUUCAGCUCUCCAUAUUUGUAUUUCUCUGGCUAGAUUUGAUGUGUCAGCAAUUUAUCCAGAUGUCAAGAGACCAAGUACUUACCUGCAGGCCCCAUACACCAAAACGGUCUGCUCAGACUUGGUGAGUCUAUAUCUCAGGGUGCCUCACAUGCACAAAGCAAACCUAGUCUUCAGUUUUACUGUAUGCGUGGUUGAACAAUAUUUUUUCAAUGUACAGUAUUCCCUCCACCACCACUACCCCUACCCCACAUCUACUUUAGACCAUCCAGAACUUUGUCUCCCACUAUAGCUGACUAUUUACAGAGGGACAAUCUCUUGGGAGUUUGCUGUUGUGAUGUCAAACUAUUUCAUUUGAGUAGUCUGCUCAUAGAAGCAGUUGCUUGCAUGCCACCCGUGUGGAGUAUCAAUCAAGCAAAUUUAGACGUACAUUGCCUAGCCCUAGAGGGAUUCCACUCCUUGAUCAUUCUAGAGCACGGUCAAGACAUACUUGGCUUUUCUCUAAUGAAAUGGACUGGGACUCCGAGUCCUAAUAGGAGUGCUCUUUUUCAUGGUUCUAUCCAGCCAUGCUUUCCUCCAGGAUAUGCUAUUCCACCCCCACUUCAGUUUUUCUUUUCCUUUCCAACUGAUACUCAACAUUCUGUGGCUACUAAAUGUGCUUGAUCCUCCUUUUUCCCCCUUUUGGCGGAUAUUUUGCCCCCUGAGGGUCUGUUUUAAUAUCUUUUAUAGUCAGUGCUUUUUGUCUAAAAAAAUGUUUAGGGGUGUUCUCAUUUUCCUACUCAUAUUGAAAUACUGCCCCUCAAUGAGGCCAAACUUCGAUUCACAAAAUGUUUAGGGGUAUGCGUACCCCUGCAUCCCCCCAGAAAAUAGCACUGUUUAUAGUUCUGGAAACCUCGGGGUCUCUCAAAGCAUUAUGACGCCACCUCCUUGUUUUUCAUUGCCUGCAUUUUAGCCUCAUUUCUGUCAGCAUUCACAGCCCGAGUUUGCUAUUGGAGAGGGUGAAAGUUGUCUUCUCCUUGAGCAGAAGGACGACGGCAUCAUAUUGUUAUGAGUUUGGCUGCCAGAGUUUGUGGGUGCAAAGCAGCCACCAUUCCUGAAUUUAGUAAGUGUUAGAAUUGAAUCAAUGCAUGUGGGCUCCCGGAUGCUGGAUUUAGCAUGUUAAAAUACACGUCAAACCAGCUUCCCAUGGCAGGUAAAUCACCUGGGGAGACAGACUGUUAAAAGAGGACUAAGAGAAGGGAAAGCAAUGGACUCUCUGGCAGCCAACAAAUGGGAAGAGCCCCUCCCUGAGCUGUGUGAUGGUUAGUCAGAAGCUAAUGCCAGAGUUUUUGUUAAGAGGAAGUUUUAGGAUUUCAGUUGGCUGUGGUGUGACCGAGGGGGAAAAAGUGUCAGUCUGUUAAAUGCAACAAAAGGGUGGUCAAAGCGUUAUGUGGAUAGAGAGAUUGAAUCCAAGGCAGCAGCACUGGGAGAAACAGGACCCUCUUGGAGUGUAAUGCUUUGAACCCCUCCUGUCAAAAACCUUAGAGGAAUAUUACCACAAGAAAGCUGUUACAAAGUAGAAGGGAUGGUAAACAGUGGGUUAAAUUUGAACUACUUAUAGGUACCGGUACAUACUAAAUUUCCAGUGUUAAAUGGAAUUCUUCAUAACUGUCUCAGUAGUGACCCCACCUAUCCUCUAAGUCCCUGGCCUGGUAGCGGAAGGUAGCGGAAGGAAGAAACUUAUUAUACCCUCUGUUUCUUCCCCCCCUCACUCAUUUUAUUACUUGCUUCUGCUCUACAAUGAUAGCUCAGUCGGUAGAGCAUGAGACUCUUAAUCUCAGGGUCAUGGGUUCAAGUCAAAGAUUCCUACAUUGCAGGGGGUUGGACUAGAUGACCCUCGUGGUCCCUUCCAACUUUACAAUUCUGUGAUUCUGUGUCUUUCCCGCUGGUGCAACUAACCUCAUACCAUUCCAUUCUAGAAUAUGAAUUAUGCUACACUGGAGAGGGAGUAUUAUGGUUUCAUUUGUGGAUGUCAGAGGUAUUGAUGUCAGAGGUAUUGAUGAGUGAUGUGGGUAGGUGGAUUGAGAUCCAAGAGCAAUAUCUGUAGUUUAACAGAUAUCAGUCGAGGCCUUCAUUAGCAUAUUAAAAUAUCCUGCUGAAAUGGGAUAACUAAUGCUGAAGGAUACCCAUUGAACCAGGGUGCUUCAGAAUGUACACUUUUUACCUAAUAGUUUAUCUAGCCCUGGUGAUGCCGUUUUUCGAAGGAACUGUAGCUAUGCAAGCAAAUGCAGAAAAUAACCAUAUCUUUCUUUAGAACCGAAAAUUAGGACCAGGCACCUACAGUAUUGACUAUGGAGGCUUCAGUUCUAGUCAUCUGCAUAAGAAGAUGUCAAGCUCUAGUUGGGCGAAAGCCCAGGAGGCUGCAAGGCUCACCAAAAUGCCACAUUUCAAUUUUAAGGAAAUAUGCAGCAGGACGAAAGCUCUGGUGAGUGUUUGGCUUCAAGCUCUUUGUUACAUGUUGGUUUAGUCAAGGGGUUAAAAUAUCAGCCAGUUUCAUUUCAGAUACAACCGAGGACACGGGCCCACAGUUUUCUCUGAGACUGGUAUCAUCUUUAAGAGUAUUUUCCAAAUGGCAUGUGGUUUGUCUUUGUUACAUAACCAAGAAUGUUAUCAUUGUGAAAUAUGAAGGAAAGGCCCAUCAAGCGUAACAAUGGGCAUCAGGCAAGUGUAAGGGGGAAUCUUGUCACCGCUGUCUAUUUCUCAGGCAAAUACGCGGGUGGCAUUGUGGUCUAAACCACUGAGCCUCUUGGGCUUGCUGAACUGAAGGUCAGUGGUUCGUAUCUGUGUGAAAGGGUGAGCUCCUGUUGCUCUGUCCCAGCUCCUGCCAACCUAGCAGUUCAAAAACAUACCUGUGCAAGUAGAUAAAUAGGUACCGCUGUGGCGGGAAGGUAAACAGCAUUUCCAUGUGCUCUGGCUUCCAUCACCGUGUCCCGUUGUGCCAGUAGCAGUUUAGUCAUGCUGGCCACAUGACCCGGAAAGCUGUCUGUGGACAAACGCUGGCUCCCUCGGAUUGAAGUGAGAGAAGUGCCACAUGCCAUAAUCACCUUUGACUGGACUUAACCAUCCAGGGGUCAUUUACCUUUACCUUAACCAUAAGCAGUAUUAUUUAAUAUUAAUAAAAUACUAUCAAAAACUAAGUAGGAAGGAAGCAAAAACAAAAAAAAGAUAAAAAAGAGGUGCUUCCACUCUUCUAUCUGCCAAUUAUAUAUAACACAGUUAUUUCCAAUAUUUGGCAUAUACACUCCAGAAUAACUCCUGAUGAAUUAUGACAUUCAUAUCUGAGCCUGGCUUCCCUAACAAAGGGGUCAUGUACCAGGUCAGACCUACAUUUCAAUCACCCCCACCCUAGUUUCUGCCACUAGCCGGGGGCACAAUCUGCUGUGAAAAAUAAAAUAAAGCCUGGAGCUAUGCUCCACCUCAUUCCUGUGCUGCCACAAACUCCACAUACCAGAUGGCUGUUUUAAAGCUGCACAUGCCAUCUCUUAACCCUAUUCACGUGCACCCUUUCUCUCUCCAAGAAAGCAAAGCUGGGUCCUGGGACUUAUGAGUACUCAGAUUUUCUACAACUCCAAGAGAAACGUCCACACAGCAUUAGAGGAAUAUGUGACACCGGAGCAGUGAGAUUUAAAGACCGCAUCAGGGUAGGCAUCUGUCCUUGUCGGAAUGAAUUGUGUGAAAUGCAUCAUUCUUUGUGAAUGUUUUUUGCCAUAUCUACUUUGAAUUUGCUAUUUUUAGUAUAGUCUUCAACUUUGCUACCUGGAUUGUGGGGUUUUAUUUGUUUGUCUUGGUUCCUUUGAUCCUGUCUUUCAAACCACCAGUUGUGGUGCAAUUCCGUAUUGAUGCAAAACAUAUUCCAUUAUGCAUUCCCGCCUCCAUGAUUCACAUGGAAUGGAAGAUGUGUGGACAGCUGAACCUUGAGCCAUUCACCACGCCAACAUAUUCCAUUAUGAAAAUAAUAGAGAUUUUUAUUAAAAGAAAUUGUCUCCAUUUUAAAGGAAUCAUAGAGUUGGAAGGGAUCCCCGGCUCUAUGCUCAUCCGCUUCAACCCCCUGCAAUGCAGGAAUCUAAACUAAAGCAUCCAUGACAGAUGGCCAUCCAACCUCUGCUAAAAAAGGAGAGUUGACAACCUACCAAGAACAUUCGGUCUUUAAAACCUACGUUAUGGGUCUAGGCUGAAAAGUAGGCUUAGAGAAACCACACCGUGAAGCCACUGUCCCCAGUAAUGUGAGCCUAUGUCUCUCCAGAGCAUCAAGAAAGGCGGGUGGGACUGCAGCAUCAGCAUACAGAAGUCAACCAUUUGGGUUUUGUUCCUACUAGGGGGGUUACCAGAGGUGGACCGUGGGUUCUCAAAUUACAGUGGCGCUCUGUGUGACACUAAAAUUUGGCACCUUCCACCUCUCUUGCUCCGCUCUACAGCAUUGUUGUGAUGCCCCCAGCAGCACAGUGCCCAGUGCAGCCGAACUGGUCACACUACCUUAAAACCGCCUCUGGGUUUACAUUUGGCUCAACAUCUAAAACCCCCUUGUUCUAGCAUGUCAUAAAUGAGAUUGCAGCCAUUAUGCAUGUACUAAUGGCUGCCAUUGCUAUGGUCACCUGCUUUGUGCUCCUUUCAGUGUGUACAUUCCUCCUUCCUCCGCUCCUAUCACCUGUAGAGUCUACCACCUGCUCAUUACCUCAGGAGUCCGUAAGUAGGGGUGGGAAGCCUGUGGUCCUCCAUAUGUAUUGGGCUCCCAAGUCCCAUUAUUCCCAGCCAGAAUAGCCAACAGUGAGGAAUAAUGGGAGUUGUAGUGCUACAACAACUGAGCUUGUGUCGUAAAAAAAGAAAGGUUUUGAUGUAGAUGGAGAGUUGGCGUGGUGAAAGGCUCAAGAUUCAGCUGUCCGCACAUCUUCCAUUCCUUGUGAAUCAUGGAGGUGGGAAUGAAGGACAGAUAUAUUGGCUGCCUUCCACCGGUUUUGUGGUUUAGCACCAGCAAAAUAAAAAUUAUUCAUCACUGGACUGACACAUUUAUGAAGCAAGAGUGACUCACAGUGGAUUAGUAGGUGAAACACAUUAAAAAAAAAAAAGUACUACAACUCUUAAUUGCUGGAAAGAUUGCUUUGCCUGCAAAAUACCUUUAAUCGCAGUAUUAUUCAUUGCGUUGUACUGUUUUCUUUGUUCUGAACUAUUGUGCAGAAUUUCCAGGAAUUGUUUUUGUAAUGUUUUUCUAUAAUCAACAUAUUCCAAAAAGCCAGGUUUUUCUACCCUCACUUAUGUCACAGUAGCAAAGAUGAUAUCAAUAGUACCACAAAAGGGAAACUGUCUUAAAGUAUCAAAGGAUAUGGACAUAUGUAAUACUCUAGUCUGUGCGAGGUUUUGGUUGUUUUUGUAGCUGAUACAAAUCUCAGUAAAAGUGUGUGUGUGGGGGGGUUUAAAGGGUGUUUUCUCAGGGCACCUCCUCGCUCCUGAAGUCAAGGGAAGGCUCCUUGCCUUCCUACAAGAACCUUAGCUAUUUCCUCCGCAAGAGGCAACUAGGAAGCAAUUGGUAGACAUGAAGAACCAGCUUAUGUACAUGUAGCAGAAAACAGCAAGGCAGGGAUUAAUAACACAUCUGUGGCCCUCCAGAUGUUGUUGGACUCCAUCAGCCCCAGCCAGUGUGACCCAGGGUCAGGGAUGAUGGGAGUUGUAGCCUAACAAAAUCUGAAGGGUCACACGUUUCCCAUCCCUGAUCUAGAGUUUUUCCUCUGGCAGGCCUUCUGUACCUUUAACAGCAGUGUGACAAGCAGAAAUUCAUUCUGUAGGUGAAACUUUUCCCAUUGCCCCAUCCAAUUGCUGGGGAAAGCUCCACCCUUUGAAUGCCUGCUGUUUUCACACGAGCCCUACCAAAUAAGAACUGCCAGCCCAAGACUUCGCUAAUAAUUAUUGAGUAUUCCUCCUAAUUAGUUUGCCAGGUGAUUAGAUGACACUAGCUAUUUAAUGAACAUAGAGUCUGAUUCGUUUGCAGGAAGGUUAGAUGACAUGGUGUCAUAAUAAAUGUGACUAUGUAUGUGCUUUCUAGUGCAAUUCCCCAUCAUUUCUCUUAAUGCAAAAUGUCCAGUAUUUUGGUAAGAUGCACUUGGUGAGCAGGAGCUCAAAAUCAACUAUAAUUGCAUAACAUGAAAUUGCCAGCAUGUGGUUGCAUUCAGCUCAAAAACAGCAGCAGUCUCGAAGCACCAUUGGAAACAAUGUGGAGUCCAGAUAAGAGAUGGGCAUUGCUCUGCUGUGGUUAUGUUAAUGCUCUCUCUCUCUCUCUCUCUCUCUCUCUCUCUCUCUCUCUCUCUCUCUUUCUCUGCACCCUAACAUCCUAGGAAUGUUAUCCUGGCCCAGGAACCUAUGGAAAUCCUUAUGCUGCCCUGGAUAAAAAGGAAAAACGCUCUGUGACUGCACUUGGAAUAAUGGACAGUAAAACUUCAAAAUGCUUCGCCUUUCCCAAUGUGGCAAGUUUAGUUUCUUAGUUCUCUGCUUAGCUGCUCUCAAUCUUCAAAGUCUUCCUGUUGAACUGGCUGGAGAAGGCUUGUGUUGCUGAUACGGGAUCGCAUUCCCAUGCCACACCUCUGGCACGGGAUUAUUAUCCCAUGUAGUUUCAUACAACUACAGCCACAUCAGGACCAAGUCCUCGCCUAUUCAAUGCAACAGAUGCUACACUUUCGCAAACUGCUUAAGAAGGCUCUCCCUCUCCCUAAUACUUUCUUAAUCCUUGAUUUCAGGGAAGUGGUUUGGGACCUGGCACCUACAAUAUCAAAAAUGGGGUGGAUGAGAUGCUGAAACGCGUGGUCAGCUUAAAAGGCCCUUAUGAAACCUUCACAGGAGACAGGUCAAAGCCUAUUGUCUGUGGGCAUUACGCUACUGAUGUAUGUACGCUCAUCUUCUUUGCUUGCAAACUUUUUUUUAAAGCGUCAUGUUGCUGGUUAGUAAUUCAAAUGAUAGAGUUGCCAAACUUCAGAUUGACUGGCAAAACAUCAGAAAGUCCAUGAACCUUCCCCACACUGCUUCUUUUAAGCCUCCAACUUUUGGAGUAAUGGAAUUAAAGAAGAUUCUGAUUGUCUUUAAAAAGAAGAAAAUAUAGAAACUCAAAAAGAAAUAAUUUUGUAUGUGUUAAAUUUUGAGGUUUUGUGAUCUGUCAGGUUCUGCUACUUGGAACACUGGUGAUUCAGAUGAAAAAUGUCUAAAUUAUUAGACAGGCAUUUGUAAGAGUUCAAAUGUCUCCACUGUAAUAUUGUUUUUAAUGUUUCUAACACUCCAGACCAGGGUGAGCAAACUAUUCCGAUUAUAUUGAUGAUUAAGUACUUAUUUAGCAUUUUGUCACAAGUGUUCCAAUACACCGCAUAUUCCAUUAAUUAUCUCAGCACCCUUACAACAAAUCUUGUAUUAUACAAUACUACAGAUGGAUCUGAGGCUAAACAAUGCAAAUAACUGCAGCUGUUUGGAGGAGGGUGGGCAUAGGAAAUCUUGGGGAUGGCCCUUUCUUCUAAAUUUUCUGCCAGUGAUAAAUAUUGCAUUGCUUUCCUUUUCCAAAAUGGAUAAAUUUACAGGUUGAAUGAAAACAGUAUAGAAAAAGCAGUCAAUCAGCAGUGGUAGAGGAAAAGCAGAAUCAGGGCAGAUUCUACAGUUCAACAAAUUCAGUUGCAUUACGUGCAUUUUAACUGUUGUAAGCCUACACAAUGCAUGUUGAAAAUUCAUUUUAUAUAAGAUCAUUGAACCCGAUACAAUCUUCCUUCAGAUUAUUGAGCUUGUGUGUGUGUGUGUGUGGCGUGUGAAAAUUAUAACUGUAUUCCAUGAAAGAACAGCAACAAGAGUACCCUCAGGUGACUUUCUUCCUUCUCCUUCUCCUUCUCCUUCUCCUUCUCCUUCUCCUUCUCCUUCUCCUCCUCCUCCUCCUCCUCCUUUUGUAAAAUUGUACAGAUUUGAUAUACAGUUGUACCUUGGCUGUUGAACGGAAUCUGGGUUUGUGGCAUUUGGGAGCCAAAACAUUUGAGUUGCAAGGUGUUCGAGAUCCAAGGUACAACUGUCUCCUUUCCUUGUUUAAUGUUUCUAGAAAAAGUCCAUCGAACUGAGUGGCACCACAUUGAAGAGCUUCCUGGAAGAACUAGAAUCAAGAGAUAAAAGGAAGCACGGCACUUUUGGCAGUCAUGUUUGGAAUCCCAAGUGCCCCUCUGAUCGGAUCUUCUGGGCCACUGUCAGCCAGUGUCCACGUGAACAAGUAGGUGACCUUCCAUUGCUUCUUGGUUGCAAUCACAGUGCCAGUUUCUUCCGUAUGGCAGGGUUGGGAAGUCGUGUGAGGUGAAAAGGGUGAGUGGGGAACAAACAUCAAAGAACAAACAGGCUGCUAGGGCAGUCUACUACAGGCCCCAGGCUAUUAUAGAACUAACUCCUCAGCUUUAGGUAGAUGCCAAACUGCAGCUAAUCAAUCAAGCAGAGUUGAGGGCAACCAGCCACGCACCUGGAGUCUAGAGGUUUGGGGGCAGAGUCCAUUGUGAGAUAGCGUCAAAUUAAUAUAUGUUUUGGUGGUUGUGUUUCAACCUUUGUUUCAUAAAUGUCAUAGGCGUAUCUUGCUCCAAGUACAUAGAAGCCAGUAUUUUAUGUGACUUCCAAACUGGUAAGCACUCAAUCACACAAUAUUGCUAGUCAAGUGAACAAGGGGAAUCUCUAGCAAAAUGUUGUGCUGUGUCUCUGGCUCAGUGUAGCUAGCUGUAUCUCCCCCAGGAUGCUUUUCUAUAAUCUUUGUGCUGCUACACAACUGUUGUAUUCACUGGUUCAAAGUAAUUUAUUUUACUUGUUACAGUACCUGACAGGACCAGGCUCAUACGACAUAAAGCCCAUCAAGAGAAAAGAGUAUGAAAAUCAGCCACCGUUCUGGAUUGGUGCAAAAAGAUUUGACAGGAAAGCGUACCGUCUGUUUGUUGGAAAUGCUGUGAGUGGGAAAUUAUAUGAUCAGAGUUUGACUAAGAAAGACCGCUUACCGUUAUUUUCCCAGUGGCGGAAUGGGAGAGAAUUUGAAUUCAGUUUGCAUAUAAAGGUGCAACUACCUAACUUGCCCUUCCUGAAAAACUAUGCAAAUUGAAACACAGCCAUCUUUCAAAAUUUGCACUUCUCCAGAUAUUCCAGUGCAGUUCUCCUGCCAAGUAAUGCAUGUACUAAAUGGGAAAAUGAGAAGCGGAGAGAAACCAAAAUGGAUAAGAUUUGCCUGUCCUGAGAAGGGGCUCAAUGGAGCAAAGGGCAUCUCACAUGAGCCCACCAGGAAGCAUGGCAAAGGCACGAAUGGUGAAGUGGCAGAGAAUUGGAUUGGUUGGAAACAUUUCCUCUGCCACUGCCCAGUUGCAGGUGGGGCCACACACACACACACACACACACACGGCCAUCCCUGCCUUAUACUUUGACCACGCUCCUAUGUGUACUUACUUAGAAGUAGGACUAUUUCCCCCCAAGCAAACACAUUUAUGAUCAGGAAUUUUGCAGUGCACAAAUGGAAUACUUUUGUCUCCACUAGGCUCAAGUGCCCCUUACUCUGUGCUGGGUUGAGGGAAUCUAUUUUAGAUUGUUUGAUAGUGUCGCAUCCCUUUUGCUGAUAGGCUAAAUCUCCUUUUAGUAAUGAUGUGCCAAAGGGAUGGCUCUGGCUCUGUUCCUCCUUCUCCUUGUGCCCUUUCUUGUAUCAUCUGCAUUCAUCUUUUCUGGGUUCCUGUGGUGAACUGGAACAAAGCUGGGAGGACUCAGUCAGCGAAAGCUUUCAUUUGAAAGAGUUCACUUCCACUUAGGGAACAGGUAAGGACUCCCAGGCAGGGUUUGUUCUCUCUCCUUGAUCCUGGAGAGCAGGGAACUUAAAAGAGGUCAAGAAUGAAGGGCUCUUUCAUAAUUGAUGGGGAACUUUGCUGGUGGUGAUUAAGUGUCGCGGAUAAAGUUGGCAGAGAACUGAACUUACCUGCCGGCGGUUCGAGAGUUUUUAAUGCAAUGGAGGAGCAAAUCGUUUUGCUCUGGCCACUGGGACAUCUAAAAAAAGCCUACUUCAGAGGGGCCUCCUCAGUGAUCUGGGUUCAAAUAGCCAGAGUUGGCGAAAUGAAUGAGAAUUAUUGUAUAUGUAUGGAAAUGAAAGGGGGGAUUGAUGUUCUCAAGUACAAAACAUGCAAAUGGAGUGUUGUUGAUAGCCGGAACAGCCUCUCUCUGUUCUACUGCCAUUCUUAGCCCAAGGAGAUGGGGAGGACCCUUUGCAGAGGCGUUUUAGAUGCAUGGCCUCUCCCUACAGCAAUUGUACUAAUGGCAACAUUGGAAAAGAGGCAUAGCUCAGAUGAAGAGCCAGUGUUUGGCAUGCCAAAGGUCCCAGGUCCAAUGUUUGUCAUUCUCAGUCAGUGGGUGGGAGGACUCUCGCCUGAAACCCUGGACAGCGGCUCCCAGUCAGUGCAGACAGUGCUGAGUUAAAUGGGCCAAUUUAUUUUUUAGGCAACUUCCAAACAGCAGCAAGGGAGAAGGCUUUGCCCCCAAUAAAAAGCUAGGUGGAUUGUGGAAUAUCUCCCUCUACCAGGGCCACAGACAUUUCUGGUGACAGGAAUCCCAGUGUGAAAUCUUGGCAGGGGGGCUGUUGGAGGACUAGAUGGCAUGGCCUAAUAUAGGGUCAAGCCAUUGGUAUAUUGUCCAAAUAAAUUGGUUUGAAAUCAUUCUACUCAUUAGACUAAUCCACUGCACUUAUAGAGAUUCAUGAAAAAGUGGAAUGAGCCUUUGGAUUGUGAUGUCAAAGCCUUUAAGGCUAGGUUCACAAUUCUUUCAACCCAGUCUCCCUUUGAGAGAAUCAGAAGUCUUCCUUUAAGACAUGUGUGGGGAGCCUGUGGCUCUCUGUAUGUUGAACCACAAGUCCCAUCAGCCCCAGCAUGACCAAUGUCCACCGACGAUGGAAGUUGUAGUCCACCAACAUCUGGAGGACCUUAUGACAAGAUAUGUAGAUAUAUAUUGGGUAUCAAUGAGGUGGAUGUCUGUUCCAAUGUUAUAAAGAUGAGAGGUGGUAUCAUCUUCACUAUAGUGCAGCUGAACAUUCAUGAUGUCGCUCACAAAAAUCAGAAAGUCUCAGACAUAACAGGGAACAUUAACAAGCAGUUGUGAAAGUAGUCCAAACCUGUGCAUUUUGCACUUCUACUGUCUAAUGCCAAAAGGGGAUUUUGCACAGAGGGAAUGCUUAAUGCCCAUUCAUCUCCCCAGCAUGAGCUUACUUUCAUUCCAUUGGCCAGACAAGAAGUGGAUGCUCAAGGGCUUUACAGAUCUGCAUCUCAGGAUACCCAAAGCUGCUCCUUGUCUGCUUUCCUGUUUAUAGAACCCAGUUGGAGUUGGCCGCUAUGAUACUAUGAAACAUGAGAAAUACCGAAAGAAGAUCAGAUACCGUUCGCUUUAUAUGCAUGAUACACAGCGUUACCUUAGUAACCUGGAGAGGGACAAGUGCUUACAGUAAGUAAAAAAAUUACAAAACACAGAGGAAGCAGCAACUUCUAAGUUCUAGAAGUACAGUCCGUGAAAUUGUGCUCGAGCAAUUCAUUCGAAUUUGUACACUUGGCCUAAUUUGCAUGCCUUGUUUUGGAUGCCAAGUUUUGAUUGUAACUUAGUUUUAGAAUUUGGAAACUUUUCAGGAUCUAGAAUAAUAGAAUUGGGGUUGUGAAAUGUUGAGGAUUUGGCUCAGGCCAGUGGGACAGGAAGCGUUGAGAGUGAAAAUGUCUCAUGUGGAGAUAAAAAGAUGUUGCCCAUUCUGCUUCCGUAAGGCUAAACAAACCAGGGGAACAAUAAACUAGAACCCAGAAGGAGUGGAGCUUAACUAGAAUUCCUAAAAUUAAUUCUUGAAUUGGGUGCAAUUUUCAGCUCAUUUGCAUCUCUUUGAAGGUAAACAUUUUGCUGGCUUACUCCUCUCACAAUUCAAUCCUCUUUUUCAGGGAGAGGAUCACGCCUGUUAAUAAAGGCCCCCAAAGACUCUGUUAAUCUACCUGAAGACUCGUUGCUUCCUGAAACAUAGUAUAGUUAAGUCACCAGGUAUCAGCUGCAUUUCUAGUUAAUGUCCAUAAAAAAUCCUGCCAAGAGGACACAGACACCUCAACAUUUGCUAUAUCGUAUCCCGUACCCAUCUACAAUCAUUUCUUGGUAAUUAUGUAUAACACUCAAAUCAAGACACUUGGUGGAAUAUGGUUAAUGUGUUUUUUGAAAACCAGCAUGCUGAUGUAAUUAUAUCAAUAUUAAAAAUGCUAGACACAAACUGAACUGCUUACUGUUACAUGUAGUCCACACCAGCAAAUAAUAAUAAUAAUUGUACUAGUCAGUUGUAUGAGUAAAGAAAUCACAGUUUGCAGUUGCUACUGGUUCCUCCAAAUAUUGCAGACAAUCAGGG